AUGGCCACUUCGAUACCAAACACGCUAAUUCCAUUUUCCAAAACGCGCGAAGCUAUCUUCCGAUCAACCCACUCCAAAUCCCCAACACCUCUCACCCCAAACCAAAAGUCAACAAAACUCAUUGCACGGAACUCAUCCUCCAUCGGCGAGCGCGUGAGACAACAACAAGGCACGCACUACAAGCCCAAGUUAGAGGAACAGCUGGAGCGGCUCCCCCAAGCGUGGCGCGAAAUCCACGGCGAGAGCGACUGGGCCGGGCUUCUGGACCCCAUGGACCCUCUCUUACGGAUGGAGCUCAUCCGAUACGGCGAGAUGGCCCAGGCCUGCUACGACGCAUUCGACUUCGACCCAUUCUCCAAGUACUGCGGCAGCUGCAGGUUCACGCGCCGCAACUUCUUCUCCUCCUUAGGCAUGUCCCACCACGGCUACACCAUCACGCGCUACCUCUACGCGACCGCCAACAUCAACCUCCCCAACUUCUUCAAACAAUCGCGCUGGCCCAAAAUGUGGAGCAAAAACGCAAACUGGGCCGGAUACGUCGCCGUUUCGGAUGACGCCACCAGUAACAAACUGGGCCGAAGAGACAUCACCAUCGCGUGGCGCGGAACCGUGACGCGCCUCGAGUGGGUAGCAGACCUCAUGGAUUUCCUGAAACCGAUUUCCUCUAACUGUAUCCCCUGCCCCGACCAAACGGUUAAAGUGGAAUCUGGCUUUUUAGAUCUCUACACUGAUAAAGAAGAGAGUUGCGGUUAUUGCAAGUUCUCUGCCAGGGAACAGAUUCUAACAGAAAUGAAGAGGUUGUUAGAGAUGUACCCUAACGAAGAACUGAGUAUUACCAUAACGGGGCACAGUUUGGGAAGUGCGUUGGCGAUUUUAAGUGCCUACGACAUCGUGGAAACGGGGUUGAACGUGAUGAGGGAUAGCAGGGGAGUGCCAGUUUCGGUGGUGUCAUUUUCAGGGCCGAGGGUUGGGAACGUGAGGUUUAAGGAGAGGUUGGAGUGGUUGGGGGUGAAGGUGUUGAGGGUGGUGAACGUGCAUGACGUUGUCCCCAAGUCGCCGGGGUUAUUGUUUAACGAGCAUUUGCCGGCGGCGGUUAUGAAGGUGGCGGAGGGGUUGCCGUGGAGUUAUUCCCAUGUUGGCGUGGAACUUGCUUUGGAUCAUAAGAAAUCGCCGUUUCUGAACCCCAAUGCUGAUGCUGUUUGUGCACACAACUUGGAGGCUCUCCUGCACUUGCUUGAUGGAUACCACGGAAAGGGUGAAAGAUUCGUGCUAGCGACUGGAAGGGAUCCUGCACUGGUGAACAAAGCAUGUGAUUUCUUGAAAGACCAUUACUUGGUUCCCCCACAUUGGAGGCAAGAUGAGAACAAGGGCAUGAUCAGGAGCAAUGAUGGACGCUGGGUGCAGCCUGAGCGACCAAAGCUUGACGAUCACCCUGAAGAUAUUCAUCACCAUCUCAGGCAACUUGGUCUGGCUUCAUCUGAUAUUUGA